GUUCUAUACGCACAAACAUUAAAUACUCACAUUAUACUUUAUUGUUUUUUUUUUUUUGUGAUUUUGAAUCUAUGUGGUCCUUUAUCAGGAUGUUUCAGCAUUGAAGACGAAUGUGUGGAGAGUGAAAGGUUACAAGAUCACAGGAUUAUGGAGUUAGCAAGCUGAAUAAUAUAUGUGUAUAUAUAUAUAUAUAUGUUAUAUACACAUAGAUGAAUGUGAAAUGUUAGGCAGAAUGUACUGUAAUUAUAUAAAGAUUCAUAAAAUAGUGCAGAUGUAAUGAGGAGUAAAAAAAGAUGGCUUCGAAGAGGAGUGUGCAGAGUGAAAGGUUACAAGAUCACAAGAUUAUGGAGUAAGCAAGCUGAAUAAUCUAAAAAAGUAAACAGCAAAAAAGUAACAAAGGGGAACUGAACUGUUUCCAGUUGCACAAUAGGUUGAUAUAAAGAUACAAAAAAUAGUGCAGAUGUAAUGAGGAGUAAAAAAAGAGAUAAACUAUAUAAUAUGUACAUGUGUUGCACAGAGGUUUUAUACAGUACAGUGUUUUGUUUUUAUGUUUCUUUUGUAGUGAUCUAGCGGUGUAGAGUAGUGUGAUGGUGGAUGGAAAAAAGCUGUCCCUGAAUCUGCUGGUUCUGGUGUGUAAGUUACUGUAUCUCCUUCCUGAUGGAAGGAGGUUAAACAGUUAUGUGGCCUAAUGUAAUUGGAAGAGUUUUAAACAAUCAGAUAGCUAUCGGAUCAGAGAAAACACAUGAAGUGUUAUACAAAUAAACUUGAAUUGAAUUGAAUUGAAUACUAAAGUCCAAAAGAUGAAACAGCAAGUUUUUGUAGUGUAUCGAGAGUCACAACAUUCAGGAUAAUCCAGACUACCAUGAAUGACAAAACACAUCCAAUAGGAGUAACAGAAGGAAGCGCUCUAAAAGGGUUGUCCAGGUACUAACCUGGAUUGUAUGCAAAAAAACAUAAAACCAUAGCUGCCUAAUUCACUUCAUAAAUAAGUGCCUGCCCUGACUCUCCUGUUUGCAACAAAAUUGUUCAUUGCAUUUCAACUGGGUCAGUAUUCAUGGUCAGGUUUCUAAAAAGGGGCUUCAUUCCCUCGUCAAAGUAACAUUUGCCAUUUGCUUCUGAGUCUUUUACGACAGACAUCUGCCCUGAGGAUUAAACCUGCAUUCAACUAAAAUGAAUCCUUCACCUCCAGGUCGGUCAAUUCAGCCUGGCUACACCAGCCGGAACCCUCGUCCUUCUCCCUAUCCAAGACCUGCGCAUGCUGACCCCAUGGCCGGCUAUCGCCGCUUCCAACUGCGUCAUAUCAUCUCUGAGCUCACUACGCUUCUGGAACAGCUCAGUUCUCCUGAACUGCCUGAGCAUGCUUAUCUGCUGUCCCAUAUUGUGAGGAAUGCUCCUGUUCUCACGUCCUCCUCUCAAACCACUCUGGUAAACCUCGUGGACUCUGUUUUUAAUGCAUUCCUGGGUUCUGGGAUUUUUCACAACAUUAUUCCCCCCUGUGAGACUGUACAGUCUCACAAAAUCUAUGUCGCUGUGUUCUAGACAAUAUAAACCCACUAACCCAUAUAUCUAUCUAAUAACGACGACCUUUACCCCAACAUCUAAUAAACCAUAAACCAAAACAUUAUUUCCCCUCGACAAAAACAAGAAACAUAACAUAAACAUAAAACAAAACAUUAUUCCCCUCAACAGAAACAACAAACAUACCAUAAACAUAAAACAAAACAUUAUUCCCCCACAACAAAAA